CCACACUGGGUAAGGAGCAUGCGCAGGGACACCAACGGGGCGAUCGGAGGGGACGCUAAACCCUAUGGGGUGCAAAUUCACCCCUUGGCAAGCCAACAGCACCCUACGCAUGGACCUGCACCACGUCCCCGCUGUCCGGGAGAAGGGCUGGUACCUGGCACUGAUGGCCCCCAACACCAAAGGUCCCCACUACGCAUGGCUGGACCCGUCCCGGCUCUACUGCCAUCCGCAAGGCUUGAAGGACUGUGUGACCGAUCUGCUGCAACCCUUUCAGGGAGAUCCCAUUGAUCUGGUGGCCGGCAUCGAUGCCAUGGGCUUCAUUCUGGGUGCCGCCGUGGCUGCCACACUGCAUAAAGGCUUCUUGGCCAUCCGCAAAGCCGGGCACCUCUGCGUGGAGACAUUGGCAGAACCCUACACAGACUAUUCGGGUCGGGAGAAGGUGAUGGAGGUGCGCACCGACACCGUGACACCGGGUGAGCUGAGCCCGUGGGGUGGGCACUCCUACAGCGGGGUGACAAUGGGCGCUGGGAUACAGCUCUGCCCCUCCCCAGGUAUGCGCAUCCUCCUGGUGGAUCAGUGGGUGGAAACCGGGGGCACCAUGCGAGCGGCCAUCCAGCUGGUGGAGCGCCAAGGGGGGGUCGUGGCAGGUAGGAUGGGCACCGGGGUGGGGGCACCCAUAGGUGAUGCAGGGGCUGACACUGAGCCCUCAUUGCAUCCUGCAGGCGUCGCAGCCAUCUGCAUCGAAGACAGCGAGGGAGGGCGGUGGAUUCGGGAGCACUACAAGUGUGCCCACUGUGUGCCCCCCCGCCUGCAGCCCCGCUUCGACCAACACCAGAUGGGUUGGGAAUGAGGGUUGGCACCGCAACGCACGGCUCUCCUUCCUGCCCGCCAGCCCGACGGCUUCCUUAAAAAGCAUAAAAAACCAUUUUAUUACA